AUGUCGGCUUUCUUCAAGACGUCUGGCUCCCCCGGCUCGGCGCUCCCCUGGGACUCUCCCCCCUCCACCCCACAGAGAGGAGCCCCUGAGCCCACCUCUGCGGAGGUGAGGGAGCCCCGCAGCAUCCCCCUCAAAAUGUGCCAAGAGGGGGAGGAAGAGGAGCAGUAUGUGGAGGCGCAGAGAGAGGGAGAGGAGCAGUAUGUGGAGGCGCAGAGAGAGGGAGAGGAGCAGUAUGUGGAGGCGCAGAGAGAGGGAGAGGAGCAGUAUGUGGAGGCGCAGAGAGAGGGAGAGGAGCAGUAUGUGGAGGCGCAGAGAGAGGGAGAGGAGCAGUAUGUGGAGGAGCAGUAUGUGGAGGCGCAGAGAGAGGGAGAGGAGCAGUAUGUGGAGGCGCAGAGAGAGGGAGAGGAGCAGUAUGUGGAGGCGCAGAGAGAGGGAGAGGAGCAGUAUGUGGAGGCGCAGAGAGAGGAAGAGGAGCAGUAUGUGGAGGUGCAGAGAGAGGGAGAGGAGCAGUAUGUGGAGGCGCAGAGAGAGGGAGAGGAGCAGUAUGUGGAGGCGCAGAGAGAGGGAGAGGAGCAGUAUGUGGAGGCGCAGAGAGAGGGAGAGGAGCAGUAUGUGGAGGCGCAGAGAGAGGAAGAGGAGCAGUAUGUGGAGGCGCAGAGAGAGGAAGUGGAGCAGUAUGUGGAGGCGCAGAGAGAGGGAGAGGAGCAGUAUGUGGAGGCGCAGAGAGAGGGAGAGGAGCAGUAUGUGGAGGCGCAGAGAGAGGGAGAGGAGCAGUAUGUGGAGGCGCAGAGAGAGGGAGAGGAGCAGUAUGUGGAGGCGCAGAGAGAGGAAGAGGAGCAGUAUGUGGAGGUGCAGAGAGAGGGAGAGGAGCAGUAUGUGGAGGCGCAGAGAGAGGGAGAGGAGCAGUAUGUGGAGGCGCAGAGAGAGGGAGAGGAGCAGUAUGUGGAGGCGCAGAGAGAGGGAGAGGAGCAGUAUGUGGAGGCGCAGAGAGAGGAAGAGGAGCAGUAUGUGGAGGCGCAGAGAGAGGGAGAGGAGCAGUAUGUGGAGGCGCAGAGAGAGGAAGAGGAGCAGUAUGUGGAGGCGCAGAGAGAGGGAGAGGAGCAGUAUGUGGAGGCGCAGAAAGAGGAAGAGGAGCAGUAUGUGGAGGCGCAGGAGAGGAAGAGGAGCAGUAUGUGGAGGCGCAGAGAGAGGGAGAGGAGCAGUAUGUGGAGGCGCAGAGAGAGGGAGAGGAGCAGUAUGUGGAGGCGCAGAGAGAGGGAGAGGAGCAAGGGAGAGGAGCAGUAUGUGGAGGCGCAGAGAGAGGGAGAGGAGCAGUAUGUGGAGGCGCAGAGAGAGGGAGAGGAGCAGUAUGUGGAGGCGCAGAGAGAGGGAGAGGAGCAGUAUGCGGAGGCGCAGAGAGAGGAAGAGGAGCAGUAUGUGGAGGCGCAGAGAGAGGGAGAGGAGCAGUAUGUGGAGGCGCAGAGAGAGGGAGAGGAGCAGUAUGUGGAGGCGCAGAGAGAGGGAGAGGAGCAGUAUGUGGAGGCGCAGAGAGAGGGAGAGGAGCAGUAUGUGGAGGCGCAGAGAGAGGGAGAGGAGCAGUAUGUGGAGGCGCAGAGAGAGGGAGAGGAGCAGUAUGUGGAGGAGCAGUAUGUGGAGGCGCAGAGAGAGGGAGAGGAGCAGUAUGUGGAGGCGCAGAGAGAGGGAGAGGAGCAGUAUGUGGAGGCGCAGAGAGAGGGAGAGGAGCAGUAUGUGGAGGCGCAGAGAGAGGAAGAGGAGCAGUAUGUGGAGGUGCAGAGAGAGGGAGAGGAGCAGUAUGUGGAGGCGCAGAGAGAGGGAGAGGAGCAGUAUGUGGAGGCGCAGAGAGAGGGAGAGGAGCAGUAUGUGGAGGCGCAGAGAGAGGGAGAGGAGCAGUAUGUGGAGGCGCAGAGAGAGGAAGAGGAGCAGUAUGUGGAGGCGCAGAGAGAGGAAGUGGAGCAGUAUGUGGAGGCGCAGAGAGAGGGAGAGGAGCAGUAUGUGGAGGCGCAGAGAGAGGGAGAGGAGCAGUAUGUGGAGGCGCAGAGAGAGGGAGAGGAGCAGUAUGUGGAGGCGCAGAGAGAGGGAGAGGAGCAGUAUGUGGAGGCGCAGAGAGAGGAAGAGGAGCAGUAUGUGGAGGCGCAGAGAGAGGGAGAGGAGCAGUAUGUGGAGGCGCAGAGAGAGGGAGAGGAGCAGUAUGUGGAGGCGCAGAGAGAGGGAGAGGAGCAGUAUGUGGAGGCGCAGAGAGAGGGAGAGGAGCAGUAUGUGGAGGCGCAGAGAGAGGAAGAGGAGCAGUAUGUGGAGGCGCAGAGAGAGGGAGAGGAGCAGUAUGUGGAGGCGCAGAGAGAGGAAGAGGAGCAGUAUGUGGAGGCGCAGAGAGAGGGAGAGGAGCAGUAUGUGGAGGCGCAGAGAGAGGAAGAGGAGCAGUAUGUAGAGGCGCAGAGAGAGGGAGAGGAGCAGUAUGUGGAGGCGCAGAGAGAGGAAGAGGAGCAGUAUGUGGAGGCGCAGAGAGAGGGAGAGGAGCAGUAUGUGGAGGCGCAGAGAGAGGGAGAGGAGCAGUAUGUGGAGGCGCAGAGAGAGGGAUAG